ACCCGACUGACGCUUGCCACAGACUUGCCACGGUUAGUAACCGCACAGCGCACUCGCUGUCUCUAAGCGAUAGCAGGUCAGAGAAACCAACUGUCAAGAAGGACACGGCGUUAAGAACCGGGAACGAGCAGUUUCCAUCAGCCUGACGGAAUACAAAGAAGCAUUUUAGCGGAAAGCACCACCGCCUUUCGAAUUUGUGCCAGUCUCGUUGCAAACUAGCGUUAUUCGUUGUUCGCUGGCUAUCCUGCCAGACGGUUAGCCUCGAUAGGGACAGUAACGUUAGCAGCUAGCGUUAAUCUAGCUAUUUUAGCUUAGUUUACAGCCUGGAAGAGCUUCUAAAAUGAGGCUGAAAGUUGGAUUUAUUAUACGGAGUUUGCUUUUCAUUGGGACAUUUCUUGGAUUGUUGGUACUCUGGUCUUCUCUGUCGCCGAAACCCAACGAUGAAAACCCCUUUGAAAAACGGGAUGAUGUACUGCCCAAAAGAGACCUAGCUGAUCAGUUUAAGCCUGUGGUGCCCUGGCCUCAUGUAGAAGGGGUGGAGGUUGACCUUAACUCCAUCAGACUCAAAAAUGGUGGGGCCAAACAUCCCCAUAAUCCUGACCAGCAGCUAAACCAAAAACAGGUGAUCCAGCAGCAGUAUGUGACAUUCAAGCCCCACACACAAGCCUACACCAGCCCCGUUCUGAAGAAAGGUAUCUUGGGAAACUUUGAGCCCAAGGAACCUGAGCCUCCGGGGGUCCUCGGCGGUCCUGGAGAGGUAGCCAUACCUUUUGUCCUGGGUCCCGAGUACAAAGAUGCUGUCCAGAGUUCCAUCAAAGAGUUUGGUUUCAACAUGGUAGCUAGUGACAUGAUUUCACUGGACAGAUCCAUCAAGGAUAUACGCCAUGAAGAGUGUAAGGACUGGCACUAUGAUGACAGACUGAUGACCUCCAGUGUGGUGAUAGUCUUCCAUAAUGAAGGCUGGUCGACAUUGAUGAGAACAAUCCACAGUAUCAUCAAGAGGACUCCCAGGAAAUACCUGGCUGAGAUAGUUAUGAUAGAUGACUUCAGCAACAAAGCUCAUCUGAAGGAGCGUUUGGAGGAGUACAUCAAGCAAUGGAACGGUCUUGUAAAACUCUUCAGAAAUGAGAAGAGAGAAGGACUGAUCCAGGCCAGGAGUAUUGGAGCCAACAAAGCCAACAAAGGACAGGUGCUGAUCUACCUGGAUGCUCAUUGUGAGGUUGGAAUCAACUGGUAUCCUCCAUUGGUCGCUCCCAUUUCAAAAGACAGGACAGUAUGUACAGUACCACUGAUAGACUAUAUAGAUGGUAAUGAGUACACUAUGGAGCCCCAGCAAGGUGGAGAUGAGGACGGCCUGGCUAGAGGAGCAUGGGAUUGGAGCCUGCUCUGGAAGAGAGUACCACUUAGCCAGAGAGAGAAGGCCCAGAGAAAGCAUACCACCCAGCCCUACCGGUCUCCAGCAAUGGCGGGUGGUCUCUUUGCUAUAGAGAGAGACUUCUUCUUUGAGCUGGGUUUGUAUGACCCGGGACUGCAGAUAUGGGGAGGAGAGAAUUUUGAAAUAUCAUUCAAGAUCUGGCAGUGUGGUGGCCAGCUGCUUUUUGUACCGUGUUCUCGUAUCGGACAUAUCUAUAGACUUCCGGGAUGGCAAGGCAAUCCUCCACCUGCACAUGUUGGAUCGUCACCCACUCUGAAGAACUAUGUCCGUGUUGUGGAGACAUGGUGGGAUGACUAUAAGGACUACUUCUACGCCAGCCGUCCUGAAACUCUCACUCUAGCCUACGGAGACAUCAGUGACCUUAAACGCUUCAGGGAGGAGCAUCGAUGCAAGAGCUUCAAGUGGUUCAUGGAGGAAAUAGCGUAUGACAUUCCAAUGUAUUAUCCGCUGCCUCCUAAAAAUGUAGAAUGGGGAGAGAUUCGAGGCUUUGAGACAAGUUACUGUAUUGACAGUAUGGGGCACACCAAUGGGGGCAAUGUGGAAAUAGGACCGUGCCACAGGAUGGGGGGCAACCAGUUGUUUCGUAUCAAUGAAGCCAACCAGUUGAUGCAGUAUGACCAGUGCCUGACGAGAGGAGGUGAUAACUCAGCUGUCAUCGUCACACAUUGUGAUCAGAAUCAGCACAAUGAGUGGACAUACUUCAAGGAUCUCCAUCGGUUUACUCAUAUGAUAACAGGACAAUGUCUUGACCGCUCCGACCUGCUCCACAAAGUCUUCAUAUCAGACUGUGACAACGAUAAAACUACUCAGAAAUGGGAGAUGAACAACAUCGUGGCUGUUUGAAGACUUAACAACUGACUGUAUGAGGACAUACACACACACACACACACACACACACACACACACACACACACACCAAGAAAUAAAUCCAUACUUCACAUUGACAGAUAUAUCAAACUAACACUGUCCUUUUAAUGAAAAUAUGUUUUUGAUAUUGGCAUCAGUGUCACCUCCAACACGAUGAAGUCAAACUGGUACAAUUUAAAGAUACUGAGUAUUGACUCUGAACAGUUUCAACCCAAAACUGUUGGUUAGUAUUGUUGGUCUAUAUGGUCAUGCAUUAUACAAACACAUAGACACUCCAGCUUUCAGCAGAAGAACUUUCUGACACUACUGGUCCUCCGAAUGACUUGUUGGACUAACACUGAACUGGAAACAUGUUGGGCUCUGUCCGUCUGUUUCUAUCCUUCAGAGCGGUUUUGUUUACACCGUUUCUCUCUAUCUGUUCUUUUGGGCUCUCAGGUCUUUUCUAAACCACUCCAUUAAUUUAUGAAAUAUAUCACUUUUGAACCGUCAUGCUCUUAUGAGACCUUUUCAUCAACUGUUAGCUAAACUGAUUAGUUCACCGACUAAAGAGUCCUUUUUAUUUGUAGAGGAUUCACUAAAGGUGUUUUAAUCAAGUGUUUGGCACAUAUGCUGGCUGGCACCAUGCUUGCUUUUGUCUACAAGUCAGGUUAAGAAGGCUUUUGGGCUUUCAAGGGGAAAUCCUGCACCUUACAUAUGGAUGUCCAAUCAAUGUUGAUAGAAAAUGUAGUUGAUUGAAGCAAUAAGUUCCCCGGUGCAUGCUAUAUUGAUCAAGAAUUGGGAGUUCUCCCGAGUUCUCCUCCUCUGCUGGUCUUGGGUGUCUCGACCAGUUUAUCUUCAGAAUGCUGAGGUUCUCUAGUCUGAGUUUCUCUCAUACAUAGUAAUACACACAGUCUUGGGUUUGAGGGACAACAUCUAACCCACGCUAACAUUAUUACAGCAAAAGAAGACCAUUUCUGUUGGCAUGGGAGGGUAAUUUUAUGCAAAGGCACCAGCAGUUGGUGUUUGCUCCUGGCAGAUCAGAUUAUAGCAGCCAUAUUCUCUCCCUGCAGCCUCAGCUUCUCUACGCUGCAUUUCUUCUGUCGUAUCCUCUCCCUCGAAUAAAUCCGGCUGCAUAUCCAAGUCGAGGUAAACUCUGUAAUAUGUAGCCUCGUCCAUAACGUCCUCUGCACUUGGAAACAGUUAAUUUCCAACACAAGCUUAGAGAAUAAGGACACAUUUUUGUUUAAUUUUUUUAAAACUUUAUUUUAAUAAUGGAACUUGCAACAGAUUUAGGAAGUUCAGUUGAUGAGCGGCAUCAUAAAAAAAAUGCUGGCAUCCCCAGAAAGCAGCCUGUAGUUCUUUCUUGCCUCCAACUACGUCACAGUUUCUGUAUUCUCCGUCAAUGUCGCAGGAACUGUGGAAUCGACUGCAUUUACCCUCAACAAUAAUUGGAAUUACACAGAAAGAAAUAAAGAUGACAAACUUUUAGCAUUUUUGUGCUCUGUCCUGUUGGGCCAAUUUCAGCAGUGAGAUUUAUGUAAAGCUCUUAUUGGCAAAUGUUCAAUAGGCUAGACACUGAAAUAUUAUAAUAUUCAAUUGUAUUUUUUUCCCUUUACGUUUACGCUCCAGAGUCUGUGAAAUGAUUUGUUUUGUAUCCUGUAUUACAGGGCCAUCUCUAGCCUGAAGCUAACAAAACAGGCUUACAUUUGUUAAUGAAGAAGCAUAAUUAAAUUCCCCAGACCAUAUCAAAAGCCUGACCAGGACAUAAAAUAUAGUAAGAAGAAAACAAAACAAGCACCAUUGUAUUCUCCUACAUAAAGCAACAAGCGGUGUUUUUUCUAAAACUAUUAUCAAGGUCCUGUCCUGGUGUUCUAUGUCUGGAGCCAUGACACCUAUAAUAUGCUUUAAAAUGCUUGAAUAAAAGUAUUUUUUGUUUUUUGUUCAAUUCAAUUGGUAUUUAUUUACUUCUGUUGAUAUUUCCAUUACCUUGAAUUUAAUUUCAUCAACUUCCACAGACACUACAAUGCUUUUGAGAAACAUGAACAUUUCAAGGAGAGCACACAGUGAUCUGACUGAAUGAGGUCUUUUGAACUGUCAACCGAACUGACUGACAGUCUUGAGUAAUUCAGUAGCUGAACAGUUGUCUGUGAGUAACUGCCUGUGCGCAAAUGAAAAUAUAUAUAUUGGGUUUUUGGUAGGGAAUGAAACCAGUGAGAAAUACAAAACGUAUGUUAUGGAAAAUAACAAAUGUGUGUGAGUUUUAUUAUUUGCUUUUGCAAGGGAAAGAGGGUUUGGUGUAUGGAUGAACAUGUAUGCAAUGUUUUGUACAAUGUAAAUAGAUUGAUUUGUAAAGACGAUCAUGGUGCAUUUUGUCAAAGGGCUUUGAAUGAUAUUGUAAAUAUCUAACUUAUAGCUGAAAUGUAAUAAUAUGGGCUGAUUGAGCAAAUAAAAUACCAGAUUUUUACUACUA